AUGGCAGACCUGGAACGUUUCAAGGAAAUGAUCCGUGAGUUUGCUUCUGUUGCUGACUUUGUAUUAAUUUAUGUAAGAGAAGCACACCCUUUAGAUGGAUGGAAUAUCCGUGGUCCUAAAUAUGAAGAUAUGUUACAGCAUAAAUCAUUAGAGGAAAGAAUUGAAGCUGCUAAACUUCUUAGACAAGAAGGUAUUGACUGUCCGAUACUGACAAGUGUGACAGUUCCAAUAAAUAUGACACUACAAAUACUGCAAUUUCUUCAAAAAUGUUUAAUUCUACUUCAAGGAAUCAUGUUUGCGAUAUUUUUAACGGUAAUUAUGAUAUUACAAAAAAUACCGUUUGUAUGCAAAUUAAUGGAAUACUUACAGGCCAGAGCAGCAAAAAAACAUAUCGGUCGCGAAAUUAUUUCAAAUGUUAAUCUGUCAGCUGUAAAACAGUGUUCGUGGUUUUAUUGUGAUGUUAUGCAUAAAGAAUCGGAGCUCGGAAAAGAAGCCAAAAAUUCAACAGUAUAUGAUGUUGAUACUAAGACAUUCCGGAAAUUAUUAGACUUCCAAAUAAAUGAUCGUCCUUUGGUUAUUAGUUUUGGAAGCUGCUCUUGACCACCGUUUAUGGCAAAGUUGCAUCUUUUUAAGGAAAUGAUGCGUGAUUUUGCCGGCAUAGCUGAUUUUGUCAUUGUUUAUGUAUCCGAAUCACAUGCAGCAGACGAUUGGAGCAUACAAGGCACAACGUACGAUCAUAUACCACAACACAGAUCUUUAGAUGACCGAAUUGCUGCAGCGUCAUUGCUUCGAAAGGAAGACAUACACUGUCCAUUGCUAGUCGAUACAAUGGACGAUAAAACAUGCAUUUAUAUAGCAUACAGUGCCUUUCCAGAACGUUACUACAUUAUUCAAGAUGGGAAAGUUAGCUAUGCGAACAAGUUCGGUUCUCACAAUUACGACCCAGAAAGCGUCAUUGUGUGGUUACAGAUGCACAGGAAAACAUUGUAGUUAUCGACGUGUGAAAAUUAAAUUUGAUAUGUUGACGUUUAAUCCUACUAGCUAGUUUUAGACUUUUACGGUAAUAACUAUUUAGUAUACUGAAAUUGAAAUCAUAAAGAUUAUAAAACUGCUAAUUAUCUUAAAUUUUAUUCAAAGAAAUCAAUGAUGUGUGCCCAACAAACAAAGGACAGUCGAUGCUCAUAUUUUCAAUUUUUCAUUAUUAUUUUGAAAACUUUAUGUUUUACUUUAAACAAUGCGUUGGGAAGUUUUACUUGAACACCUUCAUAUAUAACUAUUUAUUAAAAGCAUACGUUUGAAAU